AAACGCCGGACCUUCGCACCGCGACCUUGUGAUUUGAUCAAACAAUUUGGUGGGGACAUGUUUUGCAAUAGUUCAGAGAUUAUUCACACAAAGUGAACAGACUAAACACGUAUCUAAAUUCGUAAAGCUCUGUUAGUGCGCUCAUUUUUUAUUAUUUUUUCAACUGUGACGUCGAUGUUUGUUUUCGAAUUAUAUAAUCUUACUCCUGUUAAGUACGAAUAGUAGUGCAUGGACUGCAAAGAGAGUUAGUUAUUUGUGUUUUGAAUAGUGAUAACUAAGUUGAUUAAGACUGUAAUGAGGCAAAUAAUUAUCUUGUAUAUGUGUAACGAGUGUACACUUAUACAGUAAACAUUCGCAAUUUGCGCUGAAUACACCUGUAGGCUUAAUUAGUUGGUUUUUAUAAUUCAUCCGAAUUAAUACAGUAGAUAACCAUGGAUUACCUAAGUGGGUGGUGUAAAAGUAAGCAACGGUUGGACGGCUACACGGUCAUAGUGACUGGUUGCAACACUGGUAUUGGCAAAGAAGCCGUUUUGGAUUUCUACAAGAGGGGUGGGCACAUCAUAAUGGCUUGCCGGAACAUGGAAAAAGCAAAUGCAGCCAAAGAAGAAAUAGAGGAGCAGUGCAAGACACAGGAAGGUACGGGCACGCUGGUCGUGGAACAGCUGGACCUGUGCCGGCUGGAGAGCGUGCGCGCGUUCGUGCGGCGCGUGGCGGCGCGCGAGCGCAGUCUGCGCGCGCUGCUGUGCAACGCGGGCGUCAUGAUGUGUCCGCUGGCGCGCACGGAGGACGGCUUCGAGACACACAUCGCCUCCAACCACCUCGCGCAUGCGCUGCUCGCGCUGCUGCUGCUGCCGCUUCUCAUUCGAGACUCACACUCCAGGAUCGUCUUCGUUUCAUCAUACGUACAUGCAAAACAUAAACUAGACCUGGACGAUUUGAAUUUUGAGAAGAAACCUUACAACGCCUUUGAAGCCUACUGCAGAAGCAAAUCUGCUAAUAUUUUAUUUGCCAGAGCUCUUGCUGAUAAGUUGAAGGAACACAACAUAAGAAAUGUGACGACGUAUAGUUUGCACCCCGGUGUUAUUCGCACAGAUAUCGGUCGGCACUUCGACGAGACCGUCUGGUAUGGCGCGUCAUGGCUGUUUAACAACGUGCUCGGUCUCUUCUUGAAGUCACCGCAGUGUGGCGCGCAGACCUCUGUAUACUGCGCUAUCGAUGAAUCCUGUGCUGAUGAAAGUGGGCUUUAUUAUAGCGAUUGUGCGGUGACUCAGCCAUCGAAGCAGUGUCAAGAUGAAUCUCAAGCAGCACGACUGUGGGACCUUACCAUUCAGGCACUCAAACUGGAUCUAGAUAAAUAUAAUCCUUUUGAUCCAAAUACUCAAAUUAAUUAAGAUUCCAUUUAUGAUUACUUAAAGAAUAAAGACUGGAGUUGAACUUAAGUGUCUAAGAGACCAGACAGUGUUUUCCUAGGUAGCUAGCUGGUCUAAUUCGAAAUGCCUUUAAGCAAGUCUAAUAUUGUGGAAUCUAAUAAUGUUGUAAAAUAAUAUUAAAUUACUAAAUACCGAUAUAUUGAUCA